AUGAGUGAGACUCCCGGCACGCCCACUCCGUCGGAUGCCGCCACCGCCGCCCCGUUGACGCUCGGAGACUCUCAACUCAGCAGCACCGUGGCCACCACGACCAACUCCAACCCGCUUUCAUAUCAGCUGGAUCUGGGUGACGCGUCCACGCUUCUCAAUCUGGACGACAUUAUUGUCCCCUGCACCUCUUGUGAUCAGUUGCGCUCCGAACAAGCACAGCUCCGUGAGCAAAUACAGGUGCUGCAGACAAAGAGUGACAAGGUCAAGCUCGUGCUAGAACGCGCCAAGCUCCUGCAAUCACGCCUGGAAGAAAGUCAAACACAACAGAAGCGCAUCCAAGACCAACUCAACGCCAAGGACAAGGAAUGCCUGCGCUACCGUCGUGACGCCGAUUCCCUGCGUCUCCAGCUCCGCCAGGCCUCGGCGAACACUUCUCAGACUGCCGGACCCGUGACGACCGCGCCCCCUGCCCUAACAGCUACCCCACACACCGCCACUAGCUCGCCUGCAGAGACUGCAGCACUACAAGCCCAGUUGACCCGGAUUGAAAAGGAACUGGAUACUUGCCGAAUCGAACGCGAUGCCAGCCGUGCCAGUGCCGAACAGCUGCAAGCUGCCCUCCAGGAUGAGCACGCGGAACGGGACAAAAAGCUCGAGGCUCUACGUCGGUCCAGCGAAUCGGCUCGCCAACAGCGAGACAAAGCCCAAACGGACCUCAAGGCCACCAAACAGCUCUUGUCCGAGCUUCGCCGCGAACUUGCGGAGGCCCAUCGCUCGCGUGCCUCGAAUCAACGAACCGUGGCCCUGCAGACAGAUGCGCCGAAGCACUUGAACCCCAAAGCCACGAGCGCCACGAGCAUGCUCGAUGCACUUGCUGAUGCCAAAGCCGUCAAGACUUUAAGCAGUCGUGUCGAGACCCUUACGGCUGAGCUCACCGCCAAGCAGCAGCAGCUGACCGAAGCCCGGCAAGAAAACGCUGCUCUUGAGACACGAUUAAUGCGCCUCGAGGCCCUCCUACACAAGCACAACGUGUCUGCUUAUGAAAUCACCAUUGCCCGUCACAAAGACCACAAGACAACACCCCUUGCCAAGGAUCGGCAGGCUGUCAAACAGCGUGCCGCUGCCACGCCCGACCCCAAGGGUGGCAUCAAGGGGGGUGCCCAAUCCACCAGCCAGUCUAGGCGGCCGUCUGAAGCUACGUCGACGACACCAGCAGGCUCUUCACGAGACUCGUCUUCAUCCCACUCUCAGCCCCAGUCGCAGUCACAACCCAAAUUAAGCCCUCCCCCGACUCCACCUUCUCCCGCCAACUCAACAGAACCAGAAACUCGAGCCUGGUCUGAUGCCGCAUCGGACCAGACUGGCGCCAAUAGCCCCCUCAGCCUGGACUCCACGCCCAACUGGUCCACCACUUCUCCACCUCUAGCAGAGCCUCCCACUCGACGCAAGUCAGGAUCAGCGCCGGCCCCUGACGCACCUGGCUCUCAAGCAACCAAUGCGUCUGAUGCCCCGCCACCGAAGCGCCCAAAACAUGCUCCCCCAGCAAUCCCAAGCCCGUUGGCUCACCCGAGGGCUUUUGAGCCGAGCGGCGAUGCCUCCUCACAGUUUGACCUGCCCAAGAAGCACCUGUUUCCUGCGCGCCUCGACGAUAUCCCCCUCGUUCGCGGUAAGAUCACGACAACCUCCGUGCUCCCCGCUGCUCGUUCAUCUGCAAGCCCCUUGAGACAAGGUCUGACCCUUCGGGCACCUAUUGUUUUUGCAGAUGGCUCCGUGGACACUCUCGGUUCGCUUCUUCGCAACGCAUCUCGUCGGGUGGCUUCCCCACCCACAACCAGAGUUGCCCCGCGCAGCACGCUCGCCUCAACAGGACUGACAGCGCCCGGAGCAGCUGCCGCACCUAGCCCAAAGCAAUCUUGGGAAAAGCUGGUCAAGCAGCACCUAGGGCGGUUGCACCGAAGCGACACCUAUCAACCUAAACAGCUGGCGCAAACCCUUGCCGCCUGCAACCCGAGUGAUGACCAGUUGCUUCUGUUUGCCAGCCGGCUGCUUGAAGUUGUCAAUAACAGCAGUCAUGAUAUACAAGCGUUUGGGCGCCAAGAGCGUCGUUCUGCUCAAGCCCUGCUGGCCCUGGUUGACGCCUGCAACCGCCGUGCACAAUUGCUUGACCUCGUCGACUUUAUGGCCUGCAAAUGCGUGACUGCCAAGACGUGGUCCAGCUGGCUAAAACUUCCGCCGCGCUGCUUGCGCAUCCUGCUACACGCCGUCGCGCUGGCAGAGCGUCGUGGCAACCCGGACGCCCAAAAGUUGCGCGCAGCCACCUUGGCCUUGAUCAGAGAUGCCUUGGUCUCCACGCGGACUGAUUUGGAUCGUACCAUGGUGCUCCUGAGCGUACACGCCGCCCAACCAGCGUGGCUGGCGCAAUGGCUCACACGCGUUCCAGCCACCUUGGCUCAGUCAUCCUGGACAGAUCGCAUCGAUCACCUAGCUUUGCUCUCAGCUGCUACCUUUGCUCGCGCUUCGUGUUCGGCAGCCGAGCUGGGGGUUGCUGAAAACUUACACCAAGCGUUGCUGGCCACUCCCGAGCUGACACAAGCUGUCAGCGCAUUCAUGGGCCAGGUGCGCAGCGUAGCCGCACCAGCCCUGCUGACUCGCAGCGUUGACCACCCUGCGUGCCUGAGUACCCUCAUCACCCUAGUACAAAUGUCUGAGUUUGCCUGGAACUAUGAACAUGUCUUGAGCGACGAGUUUUAUGACCAACUGUCCACCAAGCUGCAGGCCGGGGAUAGCGCUGAGCGCGCCCUGUUAUGUUUGCUGUGUGAGGUUGUGGUAGCAGGCGUGCGAGACGGUGUGUAUCGUCAGCCAGGCCUGGUGGCUGAGGCCUUGGACCAUCUCUUGGGCAUGCUGUGGACAGACAUAUUGCAACAAGGCCAAGCCACCGUCACGUUGGCGAUGGUGCAAGAGAUCAUCAACAAAUCAGCAUUUCGCGAGCUGCAAGCACACCAGACCGACUUGCGCCAUAUGCCGCUUCUGAACGAGCUCCUGGCAACCAACUGA